GUAACUUUGAAGCACGGCGCCGAUCAUCUUGGCAUUUUCCCCACUCUGCAGUCGGUGACAACCGAAUAAGCAAUUAUCUUCACUAGUCCGUUUUGAAUUCGUUGCAUUGUCAUACAGCGCUCACUCGAAAAUAGAAUAACCACCCUAACAUUGGGUCACGAUGGAUACCAACCUCAUCAAAACAGUAAACAAACUUCAGGAUGCAUUUGCGGCCGUUGGCGUUGCCAACCCUAUUGACCUUCCUCAGAUUACUGUCAUUGGCAGUCAGAGUAGCGGUAAAAGUUCCGUGCUAGAGAACAUUGUAGGCCGGGAUUUCCUCCCACGAGGAACUGGUAUUGUCACCAGGCGGCCACUCGUUUUGCAACUCAUCAAUAGGCCAAACUCAAAAGGGGAAGUAGGAGGGGUCGCUGCUGCGGAGUUCCAUGGAAACGCACCUGUCGUAUCGUCUCCGAACGGUGCUUCCACUCCACCGAGGGGUUCAAAUGUCGAGGCCGAUGAAUGGGGAGAAUUUCUUCAUAUUCCUGGGAAAAAGUUCACGAAUUUUGACGAGAUUCGCGACGAAAUUGUAAAAGAGACUGAGGCCAAGACUGGAAAGAACGCAGGCAUUUCGCCUGAACCAAUCAACCUCCGAAUUUAUUCGCCAAAUGUCCUGACUCUCACGCUCGUGGACCUUCCGGGAUUGACAAAGGUGCCCGUCGGUGAUCAGCCCAAAGAUAUUGAGAAGCAAAUCCGUGAUAUGAUUUUGAAGUUCAUUACAAAAAAUAAUGCAAUCAUUUUGGCUGUGACGGCGGCCAACACCGAUUUGGCAAAUUCUGAUGGCUUGAAACUUGCGCGUGAAGUUGAUCCCGAUGGUGUUCGGACUAUUGGUGUGCUUACCAAGAUCGAUUUGAUGGAUCAGGGGACGGAUGUGGUGGAUAUUCUUGCCGGACGUGUCAUUCCCCUGCGUUUAGGAUACGUACCUGUCAUCAACCGUGGCCAACGGGAUAUUGAAUCGAAAAAGAAAAUCUCCGUUGCUUUGGAGGGAGAACGCAGCUUCUUUGAGAAUCACCCCUCCUACAAAAGCAAGGCUCAGUACUGUGGUACCCCAUUCCUUGCGAGGAAGCUCAACAUGAUUCUGAUGCACCACAUUCGAAACACAUUACCCGAGAUCAAAGCGAAGAUUCAGGCAGGCCUCGCAAAGUACACACAGGAGCUCUCCCAACUUGGUGAUGUCUUGACAGACGACUCCACUAGCCAGUCCAACAUUAUUCUCAAUGUGAUUACUGAGUUCACCAAUGAAUAUCGAACAAUUAUCGAUGGUACCUCCAAUGAGAUCACUAGUGAUGAGCUCAGCGGCGGCGCACGUAUUAGCUUUGUGUUCCAUGAGAUAUUCGGUUCAGCUAUACGAAGCAUGGAUCCAUUUGAUCAGAUCAAAGAUGUCGACAUCAGGACCAUCUUAUAUAACUCUUCGGGAUCUUCACCUGCUCUCUUUGUGGGAACCGCUGCCUUUGAAGUACUUGUGAAGCAGCAGAUCCGGAGGUUGGAGGACCCAAGUUUGAAAUGCGCGUCGAUGAUCUACGAUGAGUUGGUGCGAAUUCUAAACAAGUUGCUACAGAAGCAGAUUUUCAAGCGUUUCCCGGCUAUGAGAGAAAGGUUUUAUACCGUUGUUAUCAAUUUCUUUAAAAAAUGCAUGAUGCCCACAAAUAAAUGUGUGCAGGACUUGAUUGCAGCGGAGGCGUGUUACGUUAAUACAGGACACCCCGAUUUCAUAACAGGACACAAGGCCAUGGCCAUCAUAAACGACCGCGUAAAUGCCUCAAAAGCACCUCCACCGCAGCCACCGGUUGAUCCCAAGAACCCCCGCGCGUCAACAAACUCUCCUGCAGCUGCAUUACCGGCCCGCGAUCCCAAUGCUGAUAUUAUUGCCCAGGCAAACAACUCAGACGGUUUCUUCGGGAGCUUCUUCUCUAAAAAGAAGAAGCCGGGCGUGUUGGAGAACCCUCCUCCUGUCCUGAAGGCAUCAGGCAACUUAUCCGAGCGGGAGUACAUGGAGACCGAGGUCAUCAAGCUGUUACUCCUUUCCUACUUUAGUAUUGUCAAACGCACCGUUGCCGAUCUUGUUCCAAAGUUCGUAAUGUUGAAGCUCGUGCAGCACACCAAGGAAGAACUACAACGGGAACUUUUGGCGGAGCUAUACAAGAAGGAAGUGUUUGAUGACGCACUACAGGAGAGUGACUUCACUAAGCAGCGGCGUAUGGAGUGCAAGAAGAUGAUUGACGCUCUGCAACGGGCUGAUGAAAUUAUUGCCGCAGUUUGAGGGUUAUUUUGCCAUUGAAGGCGGGUUGUCGGCGGGGACGAAGGGAAUGUCCUAUGGUUAUUUGUCUCUCUGUUUUGCUAUAGAUCACAUUAUGGUAAUUCCAUAGUAGAGAAUUCAGUUCAGGAAAUCCAACCUCAUAGUUAAUGAAUUGCAUAGCCACCCGACUGUUGAGUUAAU